AAACAUUUUAUGUAUAUAUAUAGUGUAAAAAGUCAAUAGAAUAUGAAGAUUAGGUUAAAGAGUGGAAGUAUUUUUGAUGACAAUGAGUUUAUAUCAGUUGAUCCAGUAUCCAGUUCAACCUCCUCAAAUGUGCUGCACAAAGAAUUCUGUAUGUUUCAAGAAGUUGGAUGCCGAUUUAUGGGCACUAGCAUGGAAAUCCAAACACAUUGCGACCAGCAUCAAGAGGUUCAUCUUCAGUUAGCACUGGAACAAGCUGCAGAAAAUAAAAAGAUAAAUAAGCAACUUCAAGCCUUAGAGGAAACAAACAGCAAGUUAUCAGGAGAUUUGACUGCAAUGAAAAGGAAAUUAGAAGCAAGUGAACAAAUUCAAACUGAAGUAAAAGAUUUGCAGGAACAAUUGGAGCUGAGAUUGCGCCAGAUAAGUCUUAAGCAACAGCGCAUUCAAAGUUUGGAGAAAGACCUUGAGUUCUUCAAAAACAAGUUACAGAAUUCAAUAGCAUCAAAUAGUGUUUUGGCUGCUGAGAAAAAUGAAAUGCAAGAUAAAAUCCAAGACUUGAAAAAAGAGCUAAAAAGAAAUGCCAUGGACUGUGUUAGGUUAGAGAAUGAGUCUGAGACAUGGUUGAAACAAGCCGGCUUAAGUAUUUUUCAUAACAAUGGCCAUACUGCUAUGGCAAGUGGAAGAAAUCUUGUAAUAGAAUCAAAUGGAUGGUUGCAAAAUAUUUUUUUUGAGCAUAAUCAACUAAAGAUUCAGAACUCUGAACUACGGGUACAACUACACAACAGCAUGCACUUUCAUGGGAAAGAAUUGGAAAGUGUAAAGCAAAGUUUGAUGGCGACACAAUACCUUCUAAGUCAAAAAGAAGAGGAGUUAAGAAAAGCAAAAGAGAUGAAUUUUAAACAAACUGUCUCUAUCAUUUCCAAAGAAGCCACUAUCGUUGAAUUAAACAAAGAGAACACAAAUUUAAUUUCAGACCUGACACAAUUUCAUAGCUAACUUUUUCCAUAGAAAAUUUAUAGAACUAAAAAACUGUAAAUACCUUGUGUUAUUUUGGCCCUGGGUUGUCAUAUUUCAUUUCUGCCUGACAAAGUGUCUUGUGUUUAAAAGUUUUAAACUUUGGUGUUUCUAUUUAUUUCAAAUUUUGUGUUUGUUAUUGUAUCGAUAAUAAUAUUUAUAUUUACAUAGAUAUUUUUGAGGUUGUUAAUUAGAUGUAUAUUUAAUAUUAAUAAAGAUAUCUUUUGUUUUGCAUUGUGUUUUACAGCACUAAAUAUGAGUGUUUAUAUUAUACCACUUAUGCUGCCAAGAA